AUGGCACCCUGCAGAAAAAAAGAUGGACCAACUAAGAAAACAAUGAAUAGAGGAUCUUGGACCCCAGACGAAGAUCAAAAGCUAGCUCAUUGCAUUCGAACUCAUGGUGCCAAGAAAUGGAAAACUGUUUCUGCCAAAUCAGUUAUCUUUUUUGCAGGUUUGAAUAGGUGUGGAAAGAGUUGUAGGUUAAGAUGGUUGAAUUAUCUUAGACCCAAUAUUAAGAGAGGCAACAUUUCAGAUGAAGAAGAGGAUUUGAUUCUUAGGCUUCACAAACUUCUAGGAAACAGGUGGUCUUUGAUAGCUGGGAGGCUUCCGGGACGAACAGACAAUGAAAUUAAGAACUAUUGGAAUUCUCAUUUGUGCAAAAAAGCCAGUCACAUUGAGGAAAAACCAGAAACUUCCACAACACAAGAAACUAUAGUUCAAGACAAUAUUAUGGGGGAUAGUGUUAUGUUAGAGAAUAAAUAUUCAAUUAGUGGAAGUGUCGAUUCAGAUGUUCUCUUUGAUGUGAAUGAAUUCUUAGACUUUUCUGCUGAUGAACCAUAUGAGUUUGAUUGGGUGAAUAAACUCUUGGAAUUUGAGCAGAUUCAGUUUCCUGAGAACACAAAUAUCUGA